AUGCAACCCCACAAGAAUAUGUUGGCGAGAAAGUUCAAGGCCCUGUACAAAAUCGUGGAGCGCCAGAAUCCCCGCUUGCACCUCUCGCUCACCAUUCGUUACGCCGACGAUCUUUUGCUGCACGAUCAUGCCAUUGUUGAGCUCAAGGUCGCCGAGGAUGUAGGCCGCUUCAUUAGAGCUGGUGAGCACAUGUCCGAGGACGAGAGACAUGCCGCCGGCAUAAAUCGCCUUCUGACCACCAACGAGCACCUUGCGCAACCCAGCGCCUACAACCCCAUCAAGACUCGUGAAGGUCUGAGAAAGCUCUUUGACUCGGGUUUCAUUCGCAAGCCAGACACUCCUAGAUGCGCCAUGUGGGACGACUGUAUGUUCAAGGAAAUCCAGGUCCAGGGUUUCGUUAUUCAGUUGACCGUCGAAGACUUCCACUGCGUGGCUAACGAAGUCUGGGGCCCUGCUAAGGCAAAGACCGUCCACCUCGAAGUCUAG